AUGAACAAGUUAGUUUUCGGAAUUAUUUUCCUUCUUAUAAGCAUGACUGCUGUUACUGGAAGUGAUAAUUUAGCUUGCGACUUUUGUUGCAAAUAUAAGGACUGUUUAUUGUCUCUUACAGUUUUGGUUGGUUGUAACUUGGAUGAUUGUCAAAAGGAUUUGCUUGCGGCGGUCAAAUUUUGUGCAUGCCCUUAA